UUUGGCUAUUAUCUCCCAUGGCGCGGUGGAGAUGACGCUGCUGGUUUUUUUCUUUUCCAGCUAAGCCCGUUUCACGACGUCUUCCGGAGCAAUGGCGACCAUCCGGGCUGGGCUAUGGAAAAUGGAAAGGCUAUCCUUGGGCAGAGGGAUAAUGUAGUAGAAUUAGUAUUAACUAGGAACUUGACGCGGGCAAAUAUAUUAAAUGAUUCUUCAGCGCAAAUAGAGGAACCAGCAUACAGGGCAACCUCAUGGAGGGGGGAUUGGCAGGACGAGGUCGAGGUCGAAGAAAUUGAGAUUUGGGUCGAGGAUUGACUUAUGGGUUAUUCAUUGUAGUAGCUGCAUCAAGUU